GGCGGGCCGCCCGGGCCGGGGCGGGGCCGCGAGCGGCAUGGAGGAGGCGGAGGCCGCGGAGCGCCGGGCCGAGCAGUGCGGGCCCGAGCGGGGCCCGAGCGGGGCCCGGGCCCCCUGAGCCAUUCCUGAAGGCAUGGGUUGGCCAGGACAGUGGUGACCCCCCAAUCCGGCAUGGACGACUGGAAGCCCAGCCCCCUCAUCAAGCCCUUUGGGGCUCGGAAAAAGCGGAGCUGGUAUCUUACCUGGAAGUAUAAACUGACCAACCAGCGGGCCCUGCGGAGAUUCUGUCAGACAGGAGCUGUGCUUUUCCUACUGGUGACCGUCAUUGUCAACAUCAAGUUGAUCCUGGACACGCGGAGAGCAAUCAGCGAGGCCAAUGAAGACCCGGAGCCAGAAAAAGACUAUGAUGAGGCCUUGGGCCGACUGGAGUCCCCACGGCGCAGAGGCAGUGGUCCCCGACGGGUGCUGGAUGUGGAGGUAUACUCAAGCCGCAGCAAAGUGUACGUAGCAGUGGACGGCACUACGGUGCUGGAGGAUGAGGCCCGGGAGCAGGGCCGGGGCAUCCAUGUCAUCGUCCUCAACCAGGCCACGGGCCAUGUGAUGGCAAAGCGGGUGUUUGACACGUACUCGCCUCAUGAGGAUGAGGCCAUGGUGCUGUUCCUCAACAUGGUGGCACCUGGCCGAGUGCUCAUCUGCACCGUCAAGGAUGAGGGCUCCUUCCACCUCAAGGACACAGCCAAGGCUCUGCUGAGGAGCCUAGGCAGCCAGGCCGGCCCUGCCCUGGGCUGGAGGGACACCUGGGCCUUCGUGGGACGAAAAGGAGGUGCCAGGACCGUAGGCCAUCCGCCCUGUAGUCCUGUCCUCGGGGAGAAACAUUCUAAGUCACCUGCCCUCUCCUCCUGGGGGGAUCCAGUCCUACUGAAGACAGAUGUGCCGCUGAGCUCAGCUGAAGAAGCAGAGUGCCACUGGGCAGACACAGAGCUGAACCGUCGCCGCCACCGCUUCUGCAGCAAAGUCGAGGGCUAUGGGAGUGUGUGCAGCUGCAAGGACCCCACACCCAUCGAGUUCAGCCCUGACCCACUCCCAGACAACAAGGUCUUCAAUGUGCCUGUGGCUGUCAUUGCGGGGAACCGGCCCAAUUACCUGUACCGGAUGCUGCGCUCUCUACUCUCAGCCCAGGGGGUGUCUCCCCAGAUGAUAACAGUUUUCAUCGACGGCUACUAUGAGGUACCGCCUAGGCAAGGAUGGAAGGGGUGGACACCUGGCCCCACUGUCCACCCCAAAGCUCAUGUGCCCUAUUCCUACUCCCCACCCAGCACUACAAGGCCAGCCUCACUGCCACUUUCAACCUGUUUCCGGAAGCCAAGUUUGCUGUGGUUCUGGAGGAGGACCUGGACAUCGCUGUGGAUUUUUUCAGUUCUUCCAGCAUCACUGUGUGACUGGGUUUGUCCUUGCCCCUCCCUGAACCCCUGGACCCUGCCUCUCAGUUUCCUGAGCCAAUCCAUCCACCUGCUGGAGGAGGACGACAGCCUGUACUGUAUCUCUGCCUGGAAUGACCAGGGGUAUGAACACACAGCUGAGGACCCAGCACUGCUGUACCGCGUGGAGACCAUGCCUGGGCUGGGAUGGGUGCUCAGGAAGUCCUUGUACAAGGAGGAGCUUGAGCCCAAGUGGCCCACACCGGAAAAGCUCUGGGACUGGGAUAUGUGGAUGCGGAUGCCGGAGCAACGCCGAGGCCGAGAGUGCAUCAUCCCUGACAUUUCCCGGUCCUACCACUUUGGCAUCGUUGGCCUCAACAUGAAUGGCUACUUCCAUGAGGCCUACUUCAAGAAGCACAAGUUCAACACGGUUCCAGGUGUCCAGCUGAGGAACGUGGACAGUCUGAAGAAAGAAGCGUAUGAAGUGGAAGUUCACAGGCUGCUCAGUGAAGCUGAGGUUCUGGACCACAGCAAGAACCCUUGUGAAGACUCUUUCCUGCCAGACACGGAGGGCCACACCUAUGUGGCCUUUAUCCGAAUGGAGAAGGAUGAUGACUUCACCACCUGGACCCAGCUUGCCAAGUGCCUCCAUAUCUGGGACCUGGAUGUACGUGGCAACCACCGGGGCCUGUGGAGAUUGUUUCGGAAGAGGAACCACUUUCUGGUGGUGGGGGUCCCAGCCUCCCCCUACUCAAUGAAGAAGCCACCAUCAAUCACCCCAAUUUUCUUGGAGCCACCCCCAAAGGAGGAGGGAGCCCCAGGAGCUGCAGAACAGACAUGAGACCUCCUCCAGGACCCUGCAGGGCUGGGUACUGUGUGCCCCCAGGCAGGCUAGCCCUUCACCCAAUCCUGUAGGGUUUUGUAGACACUCUCAGGGGCUGGGGCUGGUUUGUUUUUAACAUGAGACUUAAUUACUAACUCCCAGGGGAGGGUUCCUCUGCUCCAACAUCCCUGUUCCUGAGUUGGAGGUCUAUUUAUUCACUUCCUUGUCGGGAAAGGGCAGGAUAGUACCUGGGAAUCUUUGGGAUCCCUGGGCAGCUGAUCCUGCCCUUUGUAUACUCCCUCCUCCCAGGCCUGGCUCAGAAUCUAACCUAUUUAUUGACUGUCCUGAGGGCCUUGGAAACCGGCGGAAGCCUGUAGGGCCUUGAUUUUUUUUUUUGGACUGGGGUGCUGCCCUGAGGGUGGGGCAGGCUCUUACUCAGGAAACUGCUGUGCCCAACCCAUGGACAGGCCCAGCAGGGGCCCACCUGCUGAUGCAGACUCACUCAGAGACCCUCAGACACUGAACCAGGCCUCUUUCAGCCUCCUCUUUGUCCAGAUUUCCAAAGCUGGAUGAGGUGGUCAUUGAUUAAAAAAGGAGAAAAGCUCUG